AGUGAUACAGACAUGGAUACGCUUACAAAAGAAGCGGAACAUCGAGAAGGCACGAACUCUCCGCCAUUAAGAACGAAUAUAAUGGCAGAGCAGGAAGCAGAAGAUGAGGGGCUGCUGAAGUAUUAUAUUCCCACAUUAAUGUGUCAAGAAUGUCACAAUCAUUUCUUGAAUGAUAAAGCUAGUACUUUAUCGUUUAAAGAAACAUUAACAAAAUUAGGAGAGCAUUUAGUCUGUGAACAUAAUAUAAAACAAGAUUCCGUACAUAAUAUAGAAUAUGACGUAAAUAAAGAGAAGAUUCCAGUACGUCGCUUCAUACAAGAACAUUAUUCAAAAUUAAAAAAAGAUGUGGCAGAAUGCAAUCAUUGCUUUGCACUAAUUAGUUACAAAAACAGGAAUUAUAGUAUUUUACAUGAACACUUAAUACGUAAACAUGAAGACAAAUUAACGGAAAUAGAGAAGAAUGAAACAAAAUUUCUUUGGUUCUGGGAUUACUUCACAAUAGAUGACACAUCGCUCGCAAAAUGCAACAUUUGUAACAUGACAUUUUAUGCAUUAACACCUGCAUUUUUUACUGAUCACGUGAGAACUCAUGAGAAAACCGUACGAAGUUCAAGCAAUGACACGAACAGCAAUACAGACAUGAAUAUGCCUACAAAGGAAGCGAUAUGUCAAGAAGACAAAGAACUGCGACAUAGAACGAAUAUAAUGGCAGAGCAGGAAGCAGGAGAUGAGUGGAUGUUGCAAUAUUAUAUUCCCACAUUAAUGUGUCAAGAAUGUCACGAUCCUUUCUUGAAUAAUAAAACUUAUUCUUUAUCAUAUAAAGAAACAUUAACAAAAUUAGGAGAGCAUUUAGUCUGUGAACAUAAUAUAAAACAAGAUUUCGUACAUGAUAUAGAAUAUGACGUAAAUAAAAAGAAGAUUCCAGUACGUCGCUUCAUACGAGGGCAUUAUUCAAAAUUAAAAGGAGAUGCGGCAAAAUGCAAUUAUUGCUUUAUAGUAAUUUGUUACAAAAAUGCACAUAAUAUUUUACAUGAACACUUGAAGUGUAAACAUAAAGACAAAUUAACAGAAAUAGAGAAAAAUGAAACAAACUUUCAUUGGUUCUGGGAUUACUUCACAAUAAAUGACAAAGCAUAUGCAAAAUGCCACAAAUGUAAUAUACAGUUUUAUGCACUAACACCUGCAUUUUUGACCGAUCACUUGAAAACUCAUGAGAAAACUGAUCCAAGUUCAAGCAGUGAUACGAGUGAUAUGGACAAUGAUACAGAGAUGGAUACGCCUAUGAGAGAAGCGAAACGUUAAGAGGACUCAGAAGUAUCAUCUAAUAUGUAUAAAAAGACAGAAGGAACAAAAAAAGAGAUAAGUAAAGGAACAAGUUUUUAACAAAUAAUAACUUGCUCUGCAUUUAUUACAUAUACUACAUGUAAUUGAAUUUUAUGAAUUAGACAUUGUUUGUUCUAUGUAAGUGUAAUCGAUAUCGUGUUAUAUAAAAUAUUCACAUGUAUUAAGCGUUUCAUUACUUAUAGAAUAAAUUUUACAAUAAAUUUCAUUUUUAUGUAUAAAGUGACAAGUAAGCUACAGAUAUAAAUAUUAAAUUUAAACAUUGAUAGGACUCUUGCUGAUCAUUUAAAUGCAUUAAAAAUAAUAUUUUUUUUACUUAAUGAUUGAAAUCAAAAGAUGUAAAAUGUAGAUAAAAUCACAAGAAACCAGUACAUUGAAUUAUCGAUGCAACUGUGGUUGCAUCGAUUACUAAAUAAUUAAUAUCUAAAUUUAAUUAAAGUAUUGCUUCCUUAUAGAGAAAGCUUUGUUUUUGUAAACCUCGCAUAUGAACCUUUAAUUGCGUAUAAAAUUAGGUCUAAUUAACCAAAUCUUAAACAAUUAUAUGUAUAUGAAAUAAGAGUAGAAAAAAUCGAAGAAAAAAUUG